AGGUCUAAGUGAAAAAAGAAAAAAGCCAUUGAAGAAUUCCGCGGAAUUCUUGAUUUGCAGCCCAAAAAGUAAAACGGAAGAAGCUUCGUCCUUUCUGUCCCUGCCCGCAGAUAAACCCAAUUGCAAGUCACACAUACACGAUAUGAUACCCCGUCCUCCCUCUCUUCACUUUUGACUAUUGACUUCCUCAACCGAUCCACUCUUCUCUCUAUCUGCAGAUGGCAAGUGGGUUUGGGGAAUCAACAGGGAGAUCACCCCCAAGCCCUUCCUACUUCAACAACAAUAAUAACAAUGAUGCUGCCAAUUUUGAAUGCAACAUUUGCUUUGAAUUAGCGCAAGACCCGAUAAUUACUUUGUGUGGUCAUCUUUUCUGCUGGCCCUGUCUUUACAAAUGGCUUCACUUUCACUCACAAUCACGAGAAUGCCCGGUGUGCAAGGCCCUCGUGGAGGAGGAGAAGCUGGUUCCCUUGUAUGGGAGAGGAAAGUCGUCGACUGAUCCAAGAUCAAAAUCUAUUCCGGGCGAUAACAUCCCGCAUCGUCCGGCUGGUCAGAGGCCUGAAACUGCUCCUCCACCUGAAACAAAUCAUUUUCAUCAACAUGGGUUUGGAUUUAUGGGUGGCUUGGGGGGAUUUGCGCCACCGCCGAUGGCAACAACAAGAUUUGGGAAUUUUGCAUUGUCCGCAGCUUUUGGUGGUUUUAUACCAUCCUUAUUCAACUUUCAGUUGCAUGGGUUUCAUGAUGCUGCCAUGUAUGGGGGAGGGGCUGGUUUUCCUCAUGGAUUUGCCAAUACAUUUCAUGGUGUCCAUGCUCAUGGAUUCCCUCUGCGCACCCAUCAAGGGCAACAAGAUUAUUAUUUGAAGAAGCUUCUUCUAUUUGUUGUUUUGUGUGUUGUUCUUGCUUUUAUAUGGCAAUAGGUUGGAUACAAUCUCUAGCAGUAUCUGACUUCUGCUCUGAUAGGUCUUCUGAUGUGCUCUUUGUUUUGUAACUAAGGAGUAAGGAUGUUGUUCAUAUGAUAAUACUCUCUUAUUAAUCUUGUAGUUCUUUUCUUUGUGAUAGCUUUGUGGUUCCCAUGGUAUCCAUGUGCAAAAGAUAUAAAGCAUGAAAGCAAUGCACCCAUUGUUAGGAAUAAGGAUCUGGGUACCGGUCCGUAGAUAUUAAUUUCUUAGUUAUUAUACUGAGUUUGAAACUACAAGAUAGCUGAAAUAGUGAAGUUAUGCCCUUGGUUUCCUUUUGUGUUCUCAUAUUUGCAAUUACAUGUUGGCAUGCUAUUGCUAAUGUUAUAUCUAAUAUUAUUUUGGUGCA